UUAGGUGUCGGAGUGUUUCCCACUGGUGAUAUGUUUUUCUCAAGCUGAUACAGUGACAAACCUAAAGAGUGUGUGUGGUUACCAUGGUGCGGUUUUAUAAGGCCACAUAAUCACAGCAGAGCUCGAGCUGUAUUUACUGAAGAACAAAUGUCAUGUUUCAUAUCUAAGAGGAUGUUGUCUACCGUUUGGCCUGUGCUUAGCUCAUAUCUCUUCCUGAUUUCGUUCAAAGCACGUGGUGAAGAAGUUGGAUAUUGUUCCACUUUGACAGAGCACACAAAAGAUCUUUCAAACAGUAACCUAACAAGGAUACCAUCACAUUUAUCAAGCAGCAUAGAGUCCCUAGACGUAUCACACAACAACAUCUCCAGCAUUGUUCACGCUGACCUUUCCAGUUUAACCCAUCUCUGCUUCCUCAAAGUCACACACUGUGAACUUCAGUAUAUCUCGCCUGAUGCCUUCAGCAGCAACUCUGAAAUGAAAGUACUGAAUAUCUCCUACAACCAUCUGAGCGUCAUUCCUGAUUCCUUGCAUUUGCCCCAGCUAAGGAUUCUAGACCUCUCCAGCAAUGUAUAUCCUAGCUAUGCACUUCCAGAGUCAUAUGGUAACUUAAGUUACCUUUCCAUCCUUGGGAUCGGUAGUAAACACGCUAGUUCCGUUAAUGUGGAUGACUUGGUUCCUCUUCAAAACAUCCGUUUGAAAAAACUCAUAUUUGGGGAUGGAACAGAAUUACGAAACUAUGAAAAUGGCUCUUUUUUGCAACUCAAAUCGUUACGGGAAGUAGUUCUGAAAGUAAGUUUUUGCCAGCGUUUUGACAUUUUCACUAACAUAAUCAUUGAUUUGGACCAAACCCAAACCAAAAAAAUUCAGCUCGUCAAGUUAUUUCCAGACCAGUGCGACAUCAAGACUGAUCCUUUCAUGGCUUUUAAAGAUUUGCGUGUCCUCAGUGACUUAAGCAUCGCAGACACCUGGCUAAACAGCUCUGUGAUGGUGAAACUGUUCAAAAAUGUUUGGAAAUCAUCUUUUGAGGAAACCGUUUUUUUAAACAUUACUUACAAUGAAGACACUCCUGAGGGUUUCCAGUUACCAAAGCAGAAUCACACCACAAAUCUACGAGCAUUCGUACUUGAUGGCGUACAUCACCAUCAGUACCACUACCCUACGUUUAACGUGAGUAUGGAACUAGUCAACAAACUAACCUACCUGAAGUUCUCUGGUACUGGAAUGAAUAUUCUUCCAUGCAAUCUAAUUUCAGCCAUAAAGUCUCUGCAGGUCUUAGACCUGUCAAACAACCUCUUGGAUGAAAGUGGCUUCUGGUGGAUUGGUUGCUCAUCACAUAAAGUGUUUCCAUCCUUGAGGAAACUCUCGCUAAGCCAUAACCGAUUCAAAGACCUGGCUGAGAUUGCCAAAAAAGUCAAUGAUAUGAAGUUCUUAGAGUCUCUUGAUUUGAGUUUCAACUCUAUUUCUAUUGGCAAACCGUGUUUUUGGCCGCCCCACCUGAUUGAGUUGAGCCUCAGCCACAAUAAUCUAGGAAACAACGUAUUUCACUAUCUAUCUCCGUACUUUCAGAAGAUAGACCUGUCGAAGACAGGCAUAAGUGUUCUUCCUUUAAAUACAGAAUCAUUGUUUCCCAAACUAAUGUACCUCUAUUUGAGUUUUAACAGCAUACAGGUUAUCCCACCAGAUCUUCUGCCUCCUACGUUAGUAAGCCUGCACAUUGACCAGAACGCGAUUACUUUCAUCAGCCAGAAGUCAUUGGAAGGUUUGCCCAAGCUGAAGACAUUGAAAGCCGGCCACAAUCCAUUUAGCUGUGAUUGCAAUUCCUUUUGGUUCAUGACUGCAUUUAAUAAAUCACUUCUCUCAGACUGGCCUCAGGAUUACACUUGCAGCACCCCGCCGUCGCUUUCCGGCCGGCGUUUGGAGACCUAUGAGCACGGAUGGCUGUCUUGUCAACCUGGCUUGCAGGCUACUGUGGUUCUUUCAGUGUUAUUUAUGGUAGGGAUUGCUCUGGCCAUCACUGUUUAUGCUUGUGAUGGUGUUUGGUACACCAAAAUGCUUUGGGUUUGGAUACGUAUGAAAAGGAGAGGCUACAAGAGGGCCGAUCGACUGCUAAAUGCCACCUUCCGCUACCAUGCCUUCAUUUCCUACAGCCAACAUGACUCAGCCUGGGUGGGAUCUCAGUUGGUACCUGAAUUGGAAAGGUCAGGCCUGUCUCUUUGCGUCCAUGAGAGAGAUUUCGAACCUGGGAAGUGGAUUGUGGACAAUAUAAUCCAUUGUGUGGAGGACAGCUACAAGAGCCUCUUCAUCCUGUCCAAACACUUUGUGCAAAGUGAGUGGUGCAACUAUGAGUUGUUCUUCGCCCAGCACAGGGCGAUCAGUGUGAACGACGACUCUCUGGUGUUUGUUUUGUUGGAGCCUAUACCAACAGACUCUCUGCCUAAGAAGUUUCUGAAGUUAAGAAGGCUGCUGAGGCGGAAGACAUACCUGGAGUGGCCGGCAGAUGAACGCAAGCAACGAGUAUUCUGGUGCAAUCUUAAAGCUAUUCUGCAGACUGUAGACCAGAGCAGGAUUUUAAAGGACAUGGCUACAGACAUUGCUGAAAUGUGUCCUCUACUGCCUGUUCAAGAUUGAAAUUCUGUUUAUCAUUUGAAAAUAUCAUAAUACUGUAAAUAAAAA